CUUUAUUCCAUCCUGCUUCUUGGUAGUGGCGAAAUUCCUGGAAUUUCGUGGAAGAUGUAAUUAAACAAGAUCACGUACUGUGAAACCUACCAUCUGGUUUUUCGAUUGGAUAAAGCAACACUUUACAUGCGCUAUCAACAAGAAAUUAAUCUAAUCUUAAUCUGAUCUCAAUGUGCAAAUCUCAACAGGAGCAUAUACUUAGUAACCAAUUACUAAACAGGCAGAAAUCUUUAAGGAUAGGCCAGUUCUUAUUUCAUAUCAGUCAAUACAAGAACACUUUUAAUAAUCAUCAUGCCAUUUUCAGUUGAAGUUUUAAAUCUGUUCCUUAGUUUUACUGCACUUAGUAUUCCAGGACAUGCACUUACAUCCUCUCCAUUAAUAUCCACAUCUCCAUAUUCUCCCAUCCAUGAAAUUUGUGACGAAAAUUUCACCCAGCAUGAUAACAACUUAACCAACGAAGAAGUUACCCUCUCACGGAGGGAGAAACUAUUAUGUGCCUUCCUCCUAAAACACGACGUUCCUCCCACUAGUUCUGAAUCCCCGUCGCCUAAAUUUGAAUUCAACGAGAAUUUCUACCUCCCAAAGAAUUACAAUAAACAAGCCGCCCCACAAAUUGUGACCAAAAUUAGUCAUCCCAACGGGACACAGACGCAGAUCAAGAUGCCCGUACCAUCCCUGGCGUACUUAAAUAUUCGCAGCGUACUUGACAUGAAUGAAGAGAAAGAAGAAGUCACUUUGGAUCUUGACCUCAUUCUGAUGUGGAUUGACGGUAAUAUCGUGCGAGGUUUAAUCGAGAAGAAUAUAUCUGUGGAAAAAUUUAAUAAAUUCGACGUCCGUCAAUUGAGACCGAUGCCGCUCAGUUUUUCUGAAAAAGUGUGGACUCCAGAUGUCUUUUUUGAGGAAGUGCAAUCUGUCAGAAGACCAACAGUUCUGGACAAGACGGGACAAACGUUACUGUUCAAUCCAAGCUUUGCGGCAAUAUUUCUACGCUCGAGGAUGCUAAUAACGCUCCACUGCGACAUGAAUUUUAUCUACUAUCCUGCAGAUUCGCAAAAAUGUCAGUUUCAUCUCCGAAGUGAUUCGUACGACAGUUCACAAUUGAGCCUGCGUUGGUGGAGGAACAAAGCGUAUGGCGUCUACCUGCAUGAAACCUCCGACCCCAAUUUUGACUACCAAGUCACAAACAUCCGAGAGUUUGAAAGCCCCACGAAUUUGGGGCCAGAAACGAGGCAGGGGAGGACGAAUUGCUAUCUUUGGUUUGAAAUUGCUAUGCGCCGCAAAAUGAGUUAUCAUUUACUGCAGACUUAUCUUCCCAGCGUAUUUUUCUUAAUCGUCACGUGGCUCUGUUUUCUAAUUCCUACCAAACUUUUCGAAGCCAGAGUUGGCGUCGCUGCUCACACAGACGUCAAUGUUUUCCUCGAUUAGAGAAAACACUCCCGUUGUAGGAUACGUAAAAGGUAUCGACCUGUGGAUGGUGACCUGCAUCCUUUUCAUUUUCAUGGCCUUAUUCGCCUUCACAAUUGGAGCCUGGUUUGAAAAAAUUACUAAACCCCUUCAAAAUUUGUAUAUCUGACGUUGCAUAAUAUUUAUGUCACAAGGGCGCGUCACGCGCGAGAACGUUUGCGCAUACAGAGAGAGGCUGCCGAGGAGUUCAAUAACCGAUUAAGGAGUCAGGAAUCUGCCGAGAAGAAGCCAAAAAGAAAACGGUUGUAUCACGUUAUCGACCGGGAUAUCGAACGCGUCACGGUGAUCUUAUUAUCACUAUGUUUCCUCGUUUUUGCCACCAUUUACUGGACUUGGCUGCUUCGUGGGUCGGAAUAUCUUAAGUGGAAUGUUAACUCCACAUGGAAUGAUAUCGGGGAAGAGUGAAAUAAUUAAUUGUACUGUUCAGAUACUUGUCGACUGCAUUUUUAAUAAAUACGAGUUAAAUAAGAAGGUAAAAUUUCGAUAGAUUUCGAAAAAAAAUCAAUUUUGAUUUGAUUUUGUAACUGAUUCUGUUCAGCAAAAUAUUAAACUAAAACAUUGAACAAAUGUGAUUAAAAGUUGAAGGGAUAAUAAUACUUAAUGCAACAACUAUUUUUGCAAGAGAUACUACUACGGAUAUUAAAGUUAAAGUACAAGAAAUAAGAAUUUUCAUAUUCCGUAAAAAUGCAAAAUUUGCAUAUGUAAAUGUACGGACAGAAAUAUUA